GUUGUUGUUGUCAUAAAGUAAGUCAAGCAAUGUCAAUCUGUGAUUGAGUAAAUUAUGUGAACUCUUUGGAGAAACAAAAUAAGUGCAAAGGAGUCGUAUUUUGUUAUUUCUAUCUGCUUCUUUGAAUUCUAUAUCGAAAAUGGAUAAUCAAAAUAAUACAUGCUCUGAUGCGCUUACUGCUGCUUUAAAAAAGUCAGUUCAAUUGGAACUUUACAAUAAAAAACAAUGCAGUUAUAAACCCUAUGAAUGCUCUCAACUAAGCUUGAAUGGCUACAAUUACUGUUCAAGGCAUAUUUUAAAUGACAAAAAUGCUCCUUUCAAACAGUGUACAUAUACGUUUCCCAAUAAUAAUGGUAAGAAGUGUCAUAUGCCUGCUCUUAGGAAUGAUAAGAAGGAAAUUGGGUAUUGCAAUGACCAUGCAUUGAAGGCUACAUUGGCAAAGAACAGGCAAAAUUGUAAAUACCAAAGACCUCAUACUGCCGAGGUUAUUUUGAGUUCUUUAUCCCAUUAUGUUAAAAAGCCACGAGUUCGAACUCAUUCUCAACAGUCUGACGAUGGAGGUCCUAGCUCAUCUAAUGAAGACAUUGAAUUGAAAGUCACCAAAAGUUUAGAUCCUUUCAUUGAUAUUGAUGCUGCUAGUCUCUAUAAUCAGCAAUGCAAUGAAGUAUUGGGUUUUUGUAGUGAAUCAGAGAGUGAUAUAGAGCCUUCUACUUUAAAUAAUAUUUGGCAUGAUGCUCAAGCUGACAGUUCAGAUAAUGAAUCAAUAGAUUCAGAACAAGAAGAUCAUCUUAAACAUGCUAAUGUUUACACAGCAGAGGAGAUUACUUCCAUAACUCGAGAUAAAUUAAUAAGAUUACAGUCUCUUUAUAUUGAAGAAUAUAGACAUUUGCAAUAUUUACUCAAAGAAAAACGUAGAAAAUACUUACACUCACUGAAAAGGGAGAAGGAAACUUGUUGUAAUAUCUCUAAUCAGAUUCGAGAUAAUCCUAAAGAGCAACGCUUAUUCAAGAAACUGAAGGCUUAUAAUAGUUACCAUAAGGUACAUGGGAUUGAGGCUAUUUUCAAUAAAAGAUUGAGAGAUCUGCGCUCUAAGGCUUCUGAUGGAAUACAGCCACGUUCUCAAAACUAUACCAAAUGUCUCUAUACUGAAGGUGGAGUCAAAUGCGGUGAAAAAACUUUACCUCUUGCAAGACAUUGCCGUAAACACAUAUUAGAAGAUCCUAAUCAAAUUCUGUUCAGGUCUUGUGGACGAGUUAGAGCUGAUGUUGAAUGUAAAACGCCUGUGGAGGCUAUUUUUGAUGAUACAACAUGCCGUUUGCAUGUUGACAUUCCUGUUCUGAAGUCUUAUAAUCAAACAAGAAAGGAUUCAGAAUCUGAUUAUGAAGAUCCACUGGAAAAUAACAUGUUGCCUAGUUUAUUGGAUCAGAGUCAACUGGAUUUGUCUGCAAUGAGCAAUAUAAAAUCAGAAUUUUCCGAAUUUGCUACCCAAGUGCCAAAAAUGGAUUCGGUGCCUUCUGUAUUAUUUGAAGAUUCAGCUAACGACACAAAUGAAGAAGAAAUGGAUAAUGAGGAAGAUACUAAAGAUAUUAAAAAAGAAGCUGUGGGUGGAUUAUUCAAAUUAUUAGAUUCAAACCAAAAUCAGGAUGAAAUCAAUAAAAAAGAUAAUGAGAAUGUUAAGGUGGAAGAACAACCACAAAUUGAAAUGAAAAAGGAUGAUAGUAAAUCUCAAAAUGAUUUAAAUGAUGUUUUUUAUGGCAGUCGUAAAUUGGGCUCUGAUAAGAUUUGUGAAGAUGUUGAAAGUCCAAUGGAUAUUGAUGAUAGUCAGUUAGAUGAGUCUACAGAUACUGCAAGCGAAGCCAUGGCAGAAAUUAAACAUGUUGUGAAAGAACCAUAGUGUUAUUAGUUUAUUAUAGUUAUAUUUGUAUUUCAGUUUUCAAAUAAAAUAUUUUGACAUUUGAAA